GUUGUAUUAGCGGAUAAAAUCACAUUAAUUAUUUUCGCUAUUUGUACAAUUGUGGGCAACAGUUUGGUUUUGGUUGCAACCUGGAGAGAAAGAAGUCUUCAUCAACCAAAUAAAUAUUUUGUUGCUUGCCUGGUUGUUGCUGAUCUUUUGGUUGGUAUGAUUGUAGACCCAGUGAAGGUGUAUCACCGAUAUCUGGAUUUUGAAUCGCUACGUACCAUGUCUAUUCAUCUAUGCCGUUUCAUUGCGUGGAUAGAUACCUUUGCGUUCACAGCAUCUAUUUAUACACUGACAUUCAUCAGUUUUGACAGAUUUAUGAAAAUCAGGAAACCACUUCAAUAUAAAUCCAGAAUGACAACUUCCAAAUCACUGAAAAUUAUCUUUAUCAUUUGGUUGAUUUCAACUACCUUUGCCACCUACGCCGCCAUUCCUGAUUCAGGAAGCAACUAUGGACCGGUCUGCAGCACCACCGAUCUUGAUAAAAUGAAAGAAUACCAUACUUUUCAGGCAGUAAGUCUGCUUCUUCUACCCACCGCAGUCAUACUGGUUAUGUACGCUCUCAUUUUUAUUGUUGUUCAUAAACGACAAAUGAUGCUGAGAAAUGGCGAACUGGGUCAAACUUCCAAUUAUCGGAACCAACGAAGUGCCUUUCUUCAAGAUCUGAGGAUUAUCCGAAUGUUAGUGGUUGUCGUGGGAGUGUUUAUACUUUGUUGGGGUCCUUUCGUUAUUGGUAUGUUGCUUUGGUUCUACUAUCCAAAUUCUUUCGAUUUCGAUAGCACGUCAUUCAGCUACCGGCGUCGGAUUCGCAUAGCUAUCUUAGUAAUACACAGACUUCCAUAUUUCAACAGUCUGUGCAAUCCAAUAAUUUAUGCCUGUCUCGACCAAACAUACAGAGAGGCUUUCAAAAAUCUGUUUCAGCGAAUGAUGUGUCGACCAAGCUCAAGAAGACGACAACCACCUGAGGCAAUAGAGUUACCUCCACUAAGAACAAUAUAA